AUGACAUUAUUUUAUCAAUUACCAUGGAAGGAGGGGGGUGAUAUAGGGGGUAUUUGGGGGUUAGAUCAUCACACCAAGAGUUCCAGUGAUAUAGAGGAGAGUGAUGAGGUGUUAGAUCAUCACACCAAGAGAUCCAAUGUUGUAGAGGGGAGUGAUGAGAGGUUAGAUCAUCACACCAAGACAUCCAAUGUUGUAGAAGGGAGUGAUGAGGUGUUAGAUCAUCACACCAAGAGUUCCAGUGAUGUACAGGAGAGUGAUGAGGGGUUAGAUCAUUACACCAAGAGUUCCAGUGAUGUAAAGGAGAGUGAUGAGGGGUUAGAUCAUUACACCAAGAGUUUCAUUGAUGUAGAGGAAAGUGAUGAGGUGUUAGAUCAUCACACUAAGAGAUCCAAUAUUGUAGAGGAGAGUGAUGAGAUGUUAGAUCAUCACACCAAGAGUUCCAAUGUUGUAAAGGAAAGUGAUGAGGUGUUAGAUCAUCACACCAAGAGUUCCAGUGAUGUAAAGGAGAGUGAUGAGGUGUUAGAUCAUCACACCAAGAGUUCCAGUGAUGUAAAGGAGAGUGAUGAGGGGUUAGAUCAUUACACCAAGAGUUCCAGUGAUGUAGAGGAGAGUGAUGAGGAGGAGAGUGAUGAGGGGUUAGAUCAUUACACCAAGAGUUCCAGUGAUGUAAAGGAGAGUGAUGAGGGGUUAGAUCAUUACACCAAGAGUUUCAUUGAUGUAGAGGAAAGUGAUGAGGUGUUAGAUCAUCACACUAAGAGAUCCAAUGUUGUAGAGGAGAGUGAUGAGGUGUUAGAUCAUCACACCAAGAGAUCCAAUGUUGUAGAGGAGGGUGAUGAGGGAUUAGAUCAUCACACCAAGAGUUCCAGUGUUGAAGAGGAGAGUGAUGAGGUGUUAGAUCAUCACACCAAGAGUUCCAAUAUUGUAGAGGGGAGUGAUGAGAGGUUAGAUCAUCACACCAAGAGAUCCAAUGUUGUAGAGGAGAGUGAUGAGGUGUCAGAUCAUCACACCAAGAUACCCAAUGUUGUAGAGGAGAGUGAUGAGGUGUUAGAUCAUCACACCAAGAGUUCCAAUGUUGUAGAGGAGAGUGAUGAGGUGUUAGAUCAUCACACCAAGAGAUCCAAUGUUGUAGAGGAGAGUGAUGAGGAGAGUGAUGACGUGUUAGAUCAUCACACCACGAGUUCCAAUGUUGUAGAGGAGAGUGAUGUGGUGUUAGAUCAUCACACCAAGAGUUUCAAUGUUGUAGAGGAGAGUGAUGACGUGUUAGAUCAUCACACCAAGAGUUCCAAUGUUGUAGAGGAGAGUGAUGAGGUGUUAGAUCAUCACACCAAGAGUUCCAAUGUUGUAGAGGAGAGUGAUGAGGUGUUAGAUCAUCACACCAAGAGAUCCAAUGUUGUAGAGGAGAGUGAUGAGGUGUUAGAUCAUCACACCAAGAGUUCCAAUGUUGUAGAGGAGAGUGAUGAGGUGUUAGAUCAUCACACCAAGAGAUCCAAUGUUGUAGAGGAGAGUGAUGAGGAGAGUGAUGAGGGAUUAGAUCAUCACACCAAGAGUUCCAAUGUUGUAGAGGAAAGUGAUGAGGGAUUAGAUCAUCACACCAAGAGGUCCAAUGUUGUAGAGGAGAGUGAUGAGGUGUUAGAUCAUCACACCAAGAGUUCCAAUGUUGAAGAGGGGAGUGAUGAUGUGUUAGAUCUUCACACCAAGAGUUCCAAUGUUGUAGAGGAAAGUGAUGAGGGAUUAGAUCAUCACACCAAGAAAUCCAAUGUUGUAGAGGAGAGUGAUGAGGUGUUAGAUCAUCACACCAAGAGUUCCAAUGUUGUAGAGGAGAGUGAUGAGGUGUUAGAUCAUCACACCAAGAGUUCCAAUGUUGUAGAGGAGAGUGAUGAGAGGUUAGAUCAUCACACCAAGAGAUCCAAUGUUGUAGAGGAGAGUGAUGAGGUGUUAGAUCAUCACACCAAGAGAUCCAAUGUUGUAGAGGGGAGUGAUGAGAGGUUAGAUCAUCACACCAAGAGAUCCAAUGUUGUAGAGGAGAGUGAUGAGGUGUUAGAUCAUCACACCAAGAGUUCCAAUGUUGUAGAGGAGAGUGAUGAGGUGUUAGAUCAUCACACCAAGAGAUCCAAUGUUGUAGAGGAGAGUGAUGAGGUGUUAGAUCAUCACACCAAGAGUUCCAAUGUUGUAGAGGAGAGUGAUGAGGUGUUAGAUCAUCACACCAAGAGAUCCAAUGUUGUAGAGGAGAGUGAUGAGGUGUUAGAUCAUCACACCAAGAGAUCCCAUGUUGUAGAGGAAAGUGAUGAGGUGUUAGAUCAUCACACCAAUCCUGAGUCAUAUCAAACAAGAUAA